AUGACAACAUCUCCUCAAACCGUACUCACCAAAGAUAAUUCCGACUAUUUCACAAUUAAACCAAAGUUAUCACUAGAUACCAGGCAUUCAAGUGACUUAGAAGAGAGUGAGCUGGAAGAUAAUGACGAAAUGCGACUGUUGGAUGGCAGUUUAACUGGAAUGUUGACAGCACUCGAUCAUGUAUCAAUAAGUACGGAACCAAAUUAUCGAACAGAUUCAUGCUAUUACUCACCAUUAACCCCAUUAGAUGUAACCGAUAACAGUAACGAUUUAUCCUCACCAAAGACAAGUUUGGUACCAGAAUCACUUCAUGCAUCAUCGCUACCACUAACUCCAUCUCCACAUCCACAUCCACAUCCUAUAACAAAGCCAUCGUGUUCUCAACGAUCCUCCACUUUUUUCCCCCCAUCUUCCGCCUCCUCCUCCGCCUCCUCUUUGUCACCGUCACCACCAUCACCUGUUGAUUUCCGGUUAUCAUUGCCUAAUCUUCAACCAUUAAAAUUUUUAAUAGUAGAUGACAACAUUAUAAAUUUAAAGCUACUAAAUCGAGUAUUGGCCAAAUUAUACCCAAAAUCACAAAUCACUCAAGUGUUGGACUCAAGUAAAGUUGAAGAAUUGGUAAUACAUAACUCAUACGAUUCCAUAUUUAUCGACAUUGAAAUGCCCAUUGUAAAUGGAAUUCAAAUUGCGCAAUUUAUACGUGGUGAUUCCACAAGGGAUAACAUAGCUUUGAUCGCUGUAACGACAAGGACUACUACUAAUGAUUUACAACUUUUCACUCAAACAGGUAUUGAUUUUACUUUUGGUAAACCUUUGAAUUAUAAAAUGGAUUUCAUGGCAAAUAAAAUUGAUUCAGUAAUGAGUGCAAGAAGGAAUAGUACCAGCUCAACUAAUCCAAUCGCCCUUGAUUCAAACAAUUUGAAGCAAUCUUUACUCACAAUUUGA